GGAAGGGCGCGUGAGAGCCUCAUUCUUCGCCUUUUGUGCGGCGCAAGGUGCGGCGCGAUGAUUCCUUGACUUUGGUACGCCGAUUGAUGCAAGAAUUGUUGCAAGCGAGUCGGCAAGGAGAGCCAGAUAUGUGUUUUGUCUGCUGCAGAUGGGUGCGCACAGCAGCCGAGUAAGUUGCCGCUCCGCUGGCUCAUUCAGCUCAAGCAGGCGCAUCUGUGUUUUGGAGGGUCGUGAGCUGACGGGUUGUCACGGAGAGGAUCUGUGUGUGUGUCUGUGUGUGGUGGUGGUAUGCCAGGUUGGUGCAAGGUUGGUGGUAAUUCAUCCUGAUGGAUAGGGCGCCAGCGAGUCGGGCCGCGGCAGCAGCAGCAGCAGCUGGUGAUGGUGCUGGUCGUGAUGGUGUAGGUGUGAAGCGCAGGUGCCCCACCGAUGGCGGGAAAGAGAGCGAUGCGCGUGAUGGGAUACUCACGGGCAUCCAGCAGGGCCAGCGGGUCAUAGAGGCCCUCAAAGAGAUGCUCACAGACCUAGAGCAGCGAGAGGUGAAAAUGGGCGGCACGGCGGCACCAGACAAACCAUCGGUAGGGAUGCAGGGAGGGAGAACAAAGAAGGUGGGUGAAGAAGGAAGGGGUGUCACUUCUCCUUGUCUGCUGUGCAUGUGUGUGUCAGGGCGAGUUGCUGCGUGAGGUGUUGCAGUUCAACCUUAGCGGGGAGCCUUUCAGUGCCCGCCGGUCGGCCCUCUGUGCGGCCAAGGGCAGUGUGCUGGCAGUGAUGUACUGUGGCAAAUUUGACGCCGCUUUCAUCCGAGAUGAGAAGAAUCGCAUCUUCUUGAUGAUCCACGCACCAGCCUUCAAGUGGUGAGGGACUAAUUACACUGGUGUGGCACGGACGAACGGUCACGAGAUGGCUGAUGUGGUGUGUGUUCAGGUUGGUGGGUGAACUCAUCAUGUACGAGGGCGAGCAGAUCGAGACUGUGGCGCUGCCGCCGUCUAAACAGAAGGACGCACCAUACAAGUGACCACCCACUACGCAAGAAACAAGAGGGGAGGCCGACAAGGUGAGACCUCUUCUGCGUAUCGAUCGUCUGUGUCAGGUAUUGGGCUGAGUUGCUGCUGUCCGACCCAUCUGCGAAGAGGCGAGCGACCCACGACUCCGUGGCCAUACCGCCUGCACAAGAGGGCCAGCAGGGAAUGGGCGGCGAGCAGCCCAAAGACGACGCCCUCUGCCGCUCACUCGAGCUCACCAGUAUCAUCAAGAGGGCCAUGGAGGACAAGGCUGCGCAGGAGGCACGCCUCGAGGCCAUCAGACCACUGCUCAAGACGGGCAAUAGCGAGGAGGAUUCGGUACGUAAAAGGCAGAAGGGGAGUGGGGAGAAGGAGGGAGAAGCCGUCAAUCUUGUGCUCUGCGGUGUCAGUUGGUGUCGAUUGAGGUGUCUGGAGCCACAGUGACGGUGACGAAAGCCGUCGCCACUUCGCUGGGUGACGACUCAACAUUUGCAAAUCGGUUCCUCAAGUAUGCCAGCACAGCACACCGACCUACCGGCCAAACACACACAGUUGCAUGUGUCUCAGGUAUGACCCGCUGACUGUCGAGGUGCCCAUCGAGUAUGUGCAGCGGGUGGUGGACAUAGUGGCGCGUGCACAGAUAAAGGGGGCGGCCCCCACGGCGCUGGACGUGCAUGGGGCGCAGGGGGAGCUGGCCCCCAAAGCAUACCGACACGCACUCACCAUGUAAGGGCGGUGUGUGUGUCUGGCAGACAAGGCUUCAAAGCCUCUUCUAUCUGGUGUCUGCGCCAGGUAUGGAUUGGCUGCUGAUCGCUUUUUGGGCCCCGCUGACGCACUCCUGACCACCGACCACCUGCAGCAGAUGCGCGACUGGACGCCACGCUUUGCAAACCGUCCCAACAUCCCUCCGUGUGUGGGCGAGCCGGUCAUGCGCAUAUACAAGUGAGAAGGGCAGGCCAGACAGCUCCCCAGCAUCCUGCCCAUGUGUCUUGAUGUGUGCGUCAUGGCAGGGCGACUGUGGAUGGCUGGAGGUGGUUGGAUUUCUUCGAUGCCGUCAAGGGCCACUCCCCCCUGCUGCUCAUCUUCCGUGUGGCCGACGGCAAUGAGCUCUUCGCCAGCCUCAUCAAGGGGCCCAUCGAGGUCACCGGGGCGGCCGAGACGAACGCAACACGAUGGCCUUCAGCUUGAAGCUGCAGGGGACAGACAGCCACACAUACGUGGGCUACAUCGGCCGCACCAGAAAGAUGUGCGUCGCGGGCACACAGGUGGGUACUCAUUUGAACGAGCAAGGCAGCCAGUCAUGGUGACAGUCUCUUGUCCAUCCAUGUGUGCAGGAGAAAGUCACCAACCUCCUCGAUUUCUCUUCGCCUGCCUCCAGCCUGACUGCUGUCCUCUCGAUGGCAUGCUCCAGCUUUGGCGUCCGUCCGGCCGCCCAGCAGAUAUCGAUCGGCGCACCAGCAGCGGCCAGCGAUGAAAUGAUGAAGCGCUGCCAGGGGAGCAUGCUGGAGGAGACUCAGCCCGACGAGUGGCGGCAGUGGCAGUGCAGCGGCCGAUCGUCAGGCCGAGCGACUACGGUUAUGACGAUGGUGACAAAGUGUACCUGCCUGUGUCAGUGAAGGGAUGGCACUUUGACAUUGCUGAGCUCGAGGCGUACAAGCUGGCAUGAAGGCGGGCUGGCAAGCGUGUCGCAGAGAUGGAGGCCGUAGCAUGACGAUACCCAUUGCGCCGACCGUGCUAAUUGACAACUG